ACGUGCGCGGCCGCGUUUGCCACCCGUGACCGUCUCCGCGCCCACGCCGCCCGUCAUGAGGACAAGGUCCCCAUUGUCCCCAAUGUCCCCAAUGUCCCCAACGUCCCCAUUCCCCUCAAUACGUGCGCGGCCGCGUUUGCCACCCGUGACCGUCUCCGCGCCCACGCCGCCCGUCAUGAGGACAAGGUCCCCAUUGUCCCCAAUGUCCCCAAUGUCCCCAACGUCCCCAUUCCCCUCAAUACGUGCGCGGCCGCGUUUGCCACCCGUGACCGUCUCCGCGCCCACGCCGCCCGUCAUGAGGACAAGGUCCCCAUUGUCCCCAAUGUCCCCAAUGUCCCCAACGUCCCCAUUCCCCUCAAUACGUGCGCGGCCGCGUUUGCCACCCGUGACCGUCUCCGCGCCCACGCCGCCCGUCAUGAGGACAAGGUCCCCAUUGUCCCCAAUGUCCCCAAUGUCCCCAACGUCCCCAUUCCCCUCAAUACGUGCGCGGCCGCGUUUGCCACCCGUGACCGUCUCCGCGCCCACGCCGCCCGUCAUGAGGACAAGGUCCCCAUUGUCCCCAAUGUCCCCAAUGUCCCCAACGUCCCCAUUCCCCUCAAUACGUGCGCGGCCGCGUUUGCCACCCGUGACCGUCUCCGCGCCCACGCCGCCCGUCAUGAGGACAAGGUCCCCAUUGUCCCCAAUGUCCCCAAUGUCCCCAACGUCCCCAUUCCCCUCAAUAUGUCCCCAACAUCCCCAAUGUCCCCAAUGUCCCCAUUGUCCCCAUUCACGUGCGCGGCCGCGUUUGCCACCCGUGACCGUCUCCGCGCCCACGCCGCCCGUCAUGAGGACAAGGUCCCCAUUGUCCCCAAUGUCCCCAAUGUCCCCAACGUCCCCAUUCCCCUCAAUACGUGCGCGGCCGCGUUUGCCACCCGUGACCGUCUCCGCGCCCACGCCGCCCGUCAUGAGGACAAGGUCCCCAUUGUCCCCAAUGUCCCCAAUGUCCCCAACGUCCCCAUUCCCCUCAAUACGUGCGCGGCCGCGUUUGCCACCCGUGACCGUCUCCGCGCCCACGCCGCCCGUCAUGAGGACAAGGUCCCCAUUGUCCCCAAUGUCCCCAAUGUCCCCAACGUCCCCAUUCCCCUCAAUACGUGCGCGGCCGCGUUUGCCACCCGUGACCGUCUCCGCGCCCACGCCGCCCGUCAUGAGGACAAGGUCCCCAUUGUCCCCAAUGUCCCCAAUGUCCCCAACGUCCCCAUUCCCCUCAAUACGUGCGCGGCCGCGUUUGCCACCCGUGACCGUCUCCGCGCCCACGCCGCCCGUCAUGAGGACAAGGUCCCCAUUGUCCCCAAUGUCCCCAAUGUCCCCAACGUCCCCAUUCCCCUCAAUACGUGCGCGGCCGCGUUUGCCACCCGUGACCGUCUCCGCGCCCACGCCGCCCGUCAUGAGGACAAGGUCCCCAUUGUCCCCAAUGUCCCCAAUGUCCCCAACGUCCCCAUUCCCCUCAAUACGUGCGCGGCCGCGUUUGCCACCCGUGACCGUCUCCGCGCCCACGCCGCCCGUCAUGAGGACAAGGUCCCCAUUGUCCCCAAUGUCCCCAAUGUCCCCAACGUCCCCAUUCCCCUCAAUACGUGCGCGGCCGCGUUUGCCACCCGUGACCGUCUCCGCGCCCACGCCGCCCGUCAUGAGGACAAGGUCCCCAUUGUCCCCAAUGUCCCCAAUGUCCCCAACGUCCCCAUUCCCCUCAAUACGUGCGCGGCCGCGUUUGCCACCCGUGACCGUCUCCGCGCCCACGCCGCCCGUCAUGAGGACAAGGUCCCCAUUGUCCCCAAUGUCCCCAAUGUCCCCAACGUCCCCAUUCCCCUCAAUACGUGCGCGGCCGCGUUUGCCACCCGUGACCGUCUCCGCGCCCACGCCGCCCGUCAUGAGGACAAG